UCAAUGCCAGCGCCGCUCAGCUGAGCUCCUAUUCGUUCACUCGCCCGCACACAUACACACACCCCUCCCCACCAUCACAUCCCCCCCCACCCCCACCCGCGCUCAGACAGGCUGGGCUCGAGGAACGGCAUGGAAUGGAAUCUCAGAAGGAUGGAGAGCGAACUGAGGCAGAUCAAUCCGGACUUGCUGCAGCCCAGCAAGAGCUUUAAGAAGCCUUCCUCGAGCACAAUCACCAUCAACGUGGGGGGCUACCUGUAUGCUGCGCAGCGCCAAACACUGGCAAAGCACCCAGGCUCCCUGCUGGAGGAGAUGGUCACCGGCAAGAGACCCGUGCAGCACAUCGACUCUAUGGGGAACACCUUCAUCGACCGCGAUGGCCCCAUCUUUCGCCACGUGCUGAACUUCCUGCGGACAGGUGAGCUCAUCCUGCCGGACGACUUCAAGGAGGUAGCGCUCCUGCGCCGCGAGGCUGACUUUUACCGACUCAGCGAGCUGUCCCAAGCCGUGCAGGACUGGGAGCAGCAACAGGCCACCCAUCGCGAACCCGCCUUUCUGGAGGUGACAGACAGCCACGAGCGCUCCCAGGGCCUCAAGGUUUACUGCAGUGACACAGGCUUCAUCGAGAAGGUGAAGGGGCGCCUGGUCCAGAUCUCAAAAAGCCGGCUGGACGGCUUCCCCGAGGAGUUCGAGGUGUCGUCCAACGUCAUCCAGUUCCGACACUUCAUCAAGUCAGAGCAGGGCUCCCGGCUGGUGCUGAAGGAGGACAGCACAUUCCUGUGCACGCUGGAGACGCUCAAGCUGGAGACGGUGAUGAUGGCACUGAGAGGAGGCUUCCGGCUGCUCACCUGCCUGGACAGCAGCCGGGGAUCAGUGGUGCAGUGUGAGGCUCUGCACUUUGUCAAGUGACCCAACCAGGACUGAUGCUGAGAACCACAUGACCCGCCGAGACCUACCAACACCAACACCACCACCGCUGCCACUGCCUCCCAUCCCAUAUUGACGUCCCCCUGCCACCAGCACAUACUGCACAGGACCUGCGCUGGAACACAAAAGGGACAUUCCACAAGUAACACUGCUUCUGCGUUCCUCCAGCUCCAGCUACCAACUGCCUUUACAAGUGAAAAAGAGGUGUUAUGUAUUGUGUUUUCUUUUGGUAUACCAUGCAUAGUCCCUCAUUUUAACAAAAGCUGGCUUUUUUAAAAGGAAGAGGAAUAGCACAUGGACAUGGCCUCUGAACUGCAGAGUGUUCUACCCUCUGACCUCUUCCCAGAAUCUCUUCAGAUAAGUGGAAAUGGCAACAGGUGCAUUUAUACAACUACUGUGAUUUCUGAGCAACAGGCUGAAAUACUACCUAAUGCAUGUGCAAAUUCUGUUCGCCUCUGGGAGCAAAUGUUGUGAUUGCUGGUCUUGUGUAAAAGUGAAGCUGACAGUAAAAUGUUAUUGUAAAAUAUGUCAAUGUUUUACAAAAUAAACAUUAUAAAAGCUA